AUGCCAGCGAGAGUAUCAAUUUCUGAAAAAGGAGAGUUUUUGGACCCAGAUGGUAAUCAAAUUCAAUUGCGCGGUGUCAACCUUGAUCCUAGUGUAAAGUAUCCUUCAACUCCUCACUGCAAAAGCCACGACCCUCUAACACCAUCGUUCUAUGAUGCUGCGAAUUCUGUCUGUUUCAUAAACCAUCCUUUGAAGCUCGAGGAAGUUGAGGGUCACAUCUCGAAGUUGAAGUCUUUGGGGUAUAACACUAUUAGGUACCCGUUCACUUGGGAGGCACUUGAGCACGAAGGGCCCGGAAAAUACGAUUUUGAGUUCAUGGACUACACAAUCAAGGUUUUUAAAAAAAUAAACGACCUUGGAGGAAUGUACAUAUAUCUGGACCCACACCAAGACGUUUGGUCACGAUUUACCGGCGGUUCUGGCGCGCCUUUAUGGACGUUUUACUGCGCGGGUUUUGAACCCCGGCAUUUCUCCGAUACAGAAGCUGCAAUUCUACAGAACACUUACAUCAACCCAAGCAAUGGAAAAGAGCAAGAGCCUUAUCCCAAAAUGCUGUGGCCAACCAAUUAUUUCCGCCUUGCUGCCCAAACCAUGUUCACACUUUUUUUUGGCGGCAAGAAAUACGCGCCUAAAUGUGUCAUCAAUGGUCAAAACAUCCAAGACUAUCUGCAGGACAGAUUUAUAGGUUCCGUGAUGACUUUUUACCAGCGAAUCAAAAAGACGGCUCCCGAGCUGUUUGAAAAUUACUGCAUAUUGGGCUUAGAAACCAUGAAUGAGCCCAACGUUGGAUAUUUUACUGACCCUAACUUGUCAGAGUUGCCCAAGAACCGCAAGCUCAAAAGAGGUACAAUGCCUACAGCUUUGCAGUCUUUUCAACUGGGCGAAGGCUUGCCCGCAACAGUGGAUACCUAUGACAUUUCAGUUUUCGGGCCCAGGAAGACUGGUACUGCUUCAAUUGACCCACGAGGAAUCUCGGCCUGGCUUACGAAAGACUCGAGGGAUGAGACUGACCAACUCUACCAAUGGAAAAGAGGGUCAGAAUGGGAAGCGGGUGUUUGCAUUUGGCGAUUACAUGGUGUCUGGGACCGUAAGGAGCUCGGAAACCCUCAAAUGCUCAUCUCUGAUUACUUUGCUCGCGAUCCAAGCACAGGGGCUAAGAUGGACUUGAGAUAUUUCAUCAAUACGCUAUUUGUUUCCCACUUUGAAAAGUUCCGGAAGGAAUUUAGAGACUUGGAUGCCGAAUCUUUUCUGUUUUUGCAGCCCCCAACAUUACAAGAGCCUCCAAGACUUAAGGACACGGAUAUGAUAGAUGAAAAAACAAUUUAUGCUUGCCAUUUUUACGAUGGUAUGUCAUUGAUGUUCAAAUCUUGGAACAGGAUCUACAAUGUGGACACGCUAGGUAUAAUGCGUGAAAAAUACGCUAAUCCCAUUUUUAGUGUUGUACUCGGCGAGAACAUGAUAAGGAAGUGCUUUCGGAAGCAGCUCGCGCAAAUGAAAGAGGAAGGAAAAGACUUUUUGGGUGACAAGGUCCCCAUUUUUUUCACUGAGAUUGGUAUGCCAUUUGACAUGGAUGAGAAGAAAGCUUAUCAAAAUGGUGAUUUCACUUCGCAGAUCGGGGCACUCGACGCUCUUGGGUAUGCACUGGAAGGUAGUAACCUAUCUUUUAGCCUGUGGUGCUAUUGCAGCAAUAAUUCUCAUGAAUGGGGAGAUAAUUGGAAUAAUGAAGACUUCUCCAUUUGGAGUAAAGACAAUGUAAGUGGUAUUCCUGCAUUAAAACCAGCUUCCGAAUCAGAUCAGGAUAGCGCCUCCGACGUCGUAUCUUCCUUCUCCACCAUUCCACACGGUCAUGUGGCCAGCCUCAGUAAUGAAAGUAUCCAUUACGAUUAUGACGGGCUGAGAGCACUAGAUGCAAUUCUUCGUCCAUACCCAGUUAAAAUAUAUGGCGAAUUUGAAAAUGCGGAAUUUGACUUGAGCAGACAAGAAUACAGACUGGCGAUAAAUGCGAAAUCGCGUUCAAAGUCGGACGCCAAUGGUGGCGCGACCUUGAUAUUUCUACCAAAACUUCAUUUCCCGAUGGGUCAGACGAUUAUCAAGACAACGUCAGGCAAGUUCGUUUACGAUCCAGCUCAGCAGUUGCUAAAGUGGUCUCACGAUUCUGGUCAGCAAAAAAUAUCACUUCGAAGAAAAGUAGAGUCAACGAAAAAGCUGGAAGAUCCUGACGCUUGUGUGCUUAUGUGA